AUGUUAUUCAUCGACAACACCUGGAGAUAUGUCUACUGUGAUAUGAAGACAGAUGGAGGGGGUGGACACUUGACUUUUCAGAAAAGACAAGACGGCGACUUGGAUUUUUACCGAACAUGGAACGAAUAUAAAGAGGGGUUUGGGAAUGCCUCUAAAAACUACUGGUUAGGAAAUGACGCAAUUUAUGAGUUGACAAAGAACAAGGACCAGGAACUUCGGGUUGAGCUACAAAGAUUUAAUGGCGAAAAAGCAUACGCUCAGUACUCCACAUUUUAUCUUCGAGACGAAGACAAUAAAUACAAACUCGUGUCGGGGUACAGUGCUGCUAUCCCACAAGUUGACAUGGGAUAG